AUGUCUUACCAGGAUCAGAGUGGUGGUUAUCCACCGCCACGCGAGCAAGAAUCGCGAUACCCCCCGCCUCCAGGCGAGGAAGACGACAGAUCGGGGGCAUACCAUCAACGCGCUCCUUCAACUAGCAGCAAUGUUACAUUGCCGUCCAUGUCUCCCUAUGAUCCUCAAUAUGCACAGCCGCCAAAUGGAUAUGGUCCAGAUCCGCGAGCCUAUCCACCACAACCACAGGAUCCGUAUAGACAGCAGGCCCCUGGAGGCUAUAGGGAUGACAGAGCUUAUCAGCAGGAUUAUAGCAGAGGUGGACCGCAACAAAUGAACUUCAGCCAGUCAGCCCCUAGACAAAGAACCGCGAUCGCAUGCCGGUAUUGCAGAAGGCGCAAGAUUCGUUGCUCAGGUUUCGAUCAAAACCCAGAAGGUCGUUGCUCAAACUGCCAACGCUUCCAACAAGAUUGUAUCUUCACUCCCGUAUCUUCUCAAGCACAGGCUUUUGUUCCUGCGCACACAGUUUACCCAGGUAUGCGCAACAUGGGAAUUGGCCCUGACGGACGCCCGCGCCCAAUGUACCCACAAGGAACACAACUCUUUGGAGCCCACGGGCAACCUCUGGGACCUAUUCCGCAACCAAAUCCCCAAGCAUCUCCUUACGAAUAUCCAGCGGCCUCCCCAACGAGCUCUUUUGGUUCUGGCAUCGACGUAGCUCACCGCGGAUCUCAACCCCCACAUCCUCAGGAUCCUUCGCGCAAAAGACCCCAGCAGGAUCCCCAUCCCUCAAUUCUACCACCCCCAAUGCCGAAUCAGCCCCCUUAUCAACGUUCGGAUAGUGCUAAUCGCCGUUCUGCUGUUGAGGAUGACUUGCGUCUUCCACCUGUCACUCCUACAGGUGCGCCUCAGUCAACCUCAAACUACUCUCCAGGAUCUAGUACAUCCUCGCAUUCGAACCUUCAGCCCCCACAACAGCAACAAGGUCUUCCGUCAAUGAGUCGCACUCCGCCACCGCGCAAUAGCCCCGGUGGUGAAGGUAGAUCCGAUCCUAUGAGCAUUGGAAAUAUCAUGGAACGAAGACCAGAUACCCAGAUCGAUAGGAGUAUGCUAGGUCGAUUGGACCGGAAGGGUUAA